AUGGCGUCCAAGAGAGGUCGUGGUGCCUCUGGCAACAAGCUCAAGAUGACCCUCGGUCUGCCUGUUGGUGCCGUUAUGUCGUGCGCCGACAACUCGGGUGCCCGCAAUCUCUACAUCAUCUCCGUCAAGGGUAUCGGUGCCCGCCUCAACAGACUGCCCGCUGCCGGCGUCGGUGACAUGGUUAUGGCUACGGUCAAGAAGGGAAAGCCUGAGCUGAGGAAGAAAGUCAUGCCUGCCGUGAUCGUCAGACAAUCGAAACCCUGGAGGCGGCUGGAUGGUGUCUAUCUGUACUUCGAAGACAAUGCUGGAGUGAUUGUCAAUCCAAAGGGUGAAAUGAAGGGCAGUGCCAUCACGGGCCCGGUCGGAAAGGAGGCUGCUGAGCUUUGGCCCAGAAUAGCCAGCAACAGCGGCGUGGUGAUGUGA